AUGUCGCUGGUGGAUGAGCUGGUGGCGGACCUGGAGGAGGCAGCAGGGGAGGAGGAGAAGGCCAAAGGCUCUGAGGGGGGGAAGGAGCUCGCAGUCGAGGACAUGCAGGAGGAGCCAGAGCCACCCAAGGCCAUGGAGUCUGUGUGGAGCAUUGCCAAGCUCUGGGAGUCCAAGGCAUUUACAGAGAUCGCACAGAAAAUUGAGGAAUACAUUGGGAAACAGCCCAAGGUGGCUGAAGUUUUGGGGCUGGUGGAGGCUGCCCCUGAAUACUGGGUGAUCAUGGAGGCCAACAACCUCCCAGUGGAGUUUGAGAAUGAGCUCAACAUCAUCCACAAGUUCAUCCGGGACAAAUAUUAACAGUUCCUGGAGCUGGAGUCACUGGUGCCCAACGCCCUGGAUUGCAUCCGAACAGUCAAGGAAUUGGGGAAUUCCCUGGAUAAAUGCAAGAACAACGAGAACACGCAGCAGAUCCUGACCAACACCACCACCAUGGUGGUCAGCGUGAUGGCCUCCACCACCCAGGGGCAGCAGCUGUUGGCGGAGGAGCUGGGCAGGACCAAGGAUGCGUGCGACAUGGCCCUGGCACUGAGCAGGGCCAACCUGUGUAUCUAUGAGUACAUGGAGUCCCGCAUGUCCUUCAUCACCCCCAACCUCUCCCUCAUCCUCAGGGCCUCCACAGCCUCCAAGAUCAUGGGGAUGGCAGGAGGCCUGACCCUGCUGUCCAAGCUGCCACCCUGCAACAUCCUCCUGCUAGGGGCCCAGCGCCAGAUGCUGUCCAGCUUCUCCUCCACCUCUGUCCUGCCCCACACUGGCUUCAUCUACCACAGCGACAUCGUCCAGUCCCUGCCGCCAGAUUUGAGGAGAAAAGCAGCGCAGCUCAUGGCGGCCAAGUGCAUGCUGGUGGCCAGGGUGGACAGCUUCCAUGAGAGCCAGGACGGGAAGGUGGGCUACAAGCUGAGGGAGGAGAUUGACCAUAAGUUUGACAAGUGGCAGGAGCCCAGCCCGGUCAAGCAGGUGAGGCCACUGCCAACACCGCUGGAAGGGCAGAGGAAGAAGCGGGGGGGACGGCAGUACCGGGAGACAAAGGAACGCUUGGGGCUGACAGAGAUUGCAAACAGGGUGAGCUUCAGGGAGAUCGAGGAGGACGCCUACCAGGAAAACCUCAGGUUCGGCCUGGGCCACCUGGGCAAGGCAGGCAGUGACUACGUGUGCCAGACCCAGGUCAAUGAGGCCACCAAGGCCCGGAUCAGCAGGACCCUGCAGAGGACCCUGCAGAAGCAGAGUGUCAUCUAUGGCGGCAAAUCUACAAUCCAGGAUCACGGCUUGGGCAUGGCCUCAAGCAUGGCCUUCACCCCCUUGCAGGGGUUAGAGACUGUGAACCCACAGGCAGCCGAAAAGAGAGUGGCCAAGGCCAACCAGAAAUAUUUCUACAGCAUGGCCAAGUUCCUCAAGGUCAAAGGGGACAGAAGUGGGGUCCCCACCCCCCCCGAGGCCCCAGGACCCCCAAAAAUUCCCCCAUAUCACCCUCCCCUUCCUUUUCCAUCAGAAUUUGGUUUCUGGGGGAGGUCCUCCAGGUCAAGGGGGACAAAAACGGGGUUCCCACCCCCUCAACCCCAGUAG